AAACACUCCCCGCGUUCGGAUUGGCUCGGAGCGGAAAACCGCCUGACUCCGUAAGCUUCUGCCAUUGGUUGACUUGAGACCGAGGCGUGGUCGCCCGGGUGACGGCCGCGGUUGCCAGGUGCCGGUCCGCCGCCCGUCUGUGUCCCCCAUCGGGAGAGGGAAAGCGGGCGGGAGCGGUCAUGGCCAGCGUCCACGAAAGCCUGUAUUUCAACCCCAUGAUGACCAACGGGGUGGUCCACGCGAACGUGUUCGGGAUCAAGGACUGGGUCACCCCCUACAAGAUGGCGGUGCUGGUGCUGAUCGGAGAACUGGGCCGGGCUGGGCCGCACCUCAGCCUCCUCGAGANUGGGGGAGGGGGGGCCUUGGGGAAGCACAAUUCAAAACUGCAUAGAUGCAAACCUCUCCUGGGCCCUGAUAUGACUCUGUCACGACUGAUUAAAGCUAUUGAAGAAUCCUGUCCUCAGGUAGCAAGUUCCGUUCAAAUACGAAAUAAGCCUCUCCCCACUCACUCUGCAGGCUUGUUUCUGCGCCACAUGAUCCUCGCCUACAACAAGCUGUCCUUCAGCCAAGUGUAUAAGCUUUACACAGCCCUCCAGCAGUAUUCUCAGAACAAGGAACAGAAGAGUGUGGGAGGAGAGGAGAGCGCGAUGGAGCUGACUCAGUGCGAUGCAGUGGAAGGGAAAAUGGAAAAGGAGGAGCUUGAUGGCCCUCUCAGGGAAGAGGAAAUAUCCUGCAAUGGACCCCUUUCGCAGAAGCAAGCAGAAUACUUCCUGUCCCAACAGGCCUCUUUAUUGAAAAAUGACGAGACAAAAGCGCUCUCUCCAGCAUCUUUACAAAAGGAAUUGAACAAUUUAUUAAAGUUUAACCCUGAUUUUGCUGAAGCGCAUUAUUUAAGCUACUUGAACAGCCUUCGAGUCCAAGACGUUUUCAGCUCAACCCACAGCCUCCUUCACUACUUCGAUCGCCUGAUUCUCACUGGGGCGGAAAGCAAAAGCAACGGCGACGAAGGUUACGGGCGGAGCCUGAGAUACGCGGCUCUUAAUCUGGCCGCUCUGCACUGCCGCUUUGGCCACUACCAGCAGGCUGAGCUGGCCCUGCAAGAAGCCAUUCGGAUUGCCCAGGAGUCUAACGAUCAUGUCUGCCUGCAGCACUGCUUGAGCUGGCUGUACAUCUUGGAGCAGAAAAGAUCCGAUAGCUGUGUGCUUCUGGAACACUCGGUGAAGAAGGCGGUGUACUUCGGAUUGCCGUACUUGGCUUCGCUGGGCAUCCAGUCCUUGGUUCAGCAAAGAGCUUUUGCCGGAAAGACUGCCAACAAGCUAAUGGAUGCCUUGAAGGACUCAGACCUCUUGCACUGGAAGCACAGCUUGUCGGAGCUGAUUGACAUCAGCCUGGCUCAAAAGACGGCGAUCUGGAGACUCUACGGCCGCAGCACCAUGGCUCUCCAGCAGGCCCAGAUGCUACUCAGCAUGAACACCUUGGAGCCCGUGAACGUCGGCGUUCAGCAGAACAACACGGAAUCUUUCGCGGUGGUGCUGUGCCACCUGGCUGAAUUGCACGCAGAGCAGGGUUAUUUUACAGCUGCCUCUGAAAUCCUGCGGCACCUUAAGGAGAGAUUCCCUCCGAACAGUCAGCAUGCACAGCUGUGGAUGCUGUUUGAUCAGAAGAUCCAGUUUGACCGAGCCAUGAACGACGGCAGGUACCAUCUUGCUGACUCGCUGGUAGCUGGGAUUACAGCCCUAAACAGCACGGAAGGGGUUUACAGAAAAGCCCUCUUGCUCAAAGCACAGAAUCAAAUGUCUGCAGCACACAGCCUGCUCCAGAAACUCUUGAUCCACUGCCAGAAAAUCAAGAACACGGAGAUGGCGAUUAACGUUCUCCUCUCCAUGGCCGAGCUCUACUGGCGCUCGCUGUGCCACACCCUCGCUCUCCCGGUCCUGCUCCAGGCCCUGGCUCUGGCCAAAGAAUACCGCCUCCAGUAUUUGGCCUCUGAAACCAUUCUCAACUUGGCUUUCUCCCAGCUGAUCCUUGGAAUUCCUGAGCAGGCGCUGAGCAUCCUGCACAUGGCGAUCGAGCCCAUCCUGGCUCACGGAGCCAUCCUGGACAAAGGGGCCGCCAUGUUCUUGGUGGCCAAAUGUCAGGUUGCCUCUGCCGCUCCCUGUGCUCCCCAGAAGAAGGCCGAAGCUCUGGAGUCGGCGAUCCUGAACCUCAAUGAAGCCAAAACCUAUUUUGCCAAGGUAGAUUGUAAAGAGCAGCUGCGGGAUGUCCUUUACCUGCAAGCCAGGGUCUUCCACAGCCUGGGCAAGACUCAAGAGAGGAACCACUGUGCCAUGCUGUUCCGCCAGCUGCACCAGGAACUUCCUGCUCGGGGGGUCCCCUUGAUCAACGCUUUUAAAUAAGGCAUGCCUGCAGGAGGGGCAGGAUGCGCGGAGCAACCCCUCCCCCUGCAAAGACCUUCCUUUGCCGUGCCGUGUUUAUUUGGUUCGUGGAAACCUUACCCUUUGCAAUUAAGCACCAGUAAGCUGGUGUGUGUGUUUUACCCGCUAUGCGGGGACAAAAUAUCUCAUUGUCACGGAGAAA